UGUCUGCAUGGGGCCCGAAUUAGUCAAAUUGACGGAACAUGGAAAGACUGAUUGCACUUUGCGUUUUUAAGCAUGUUGCGUCUUAAAUAAUUACAUUAUCACCCUAUGUAAUUAAUAACUUGACACACAUUGUAACAGGCUAGCGCUGUAACACGACAAGGGCGGCAGCGAACAAUUUAUAAACUCGGGACAGUGGUUUAAAAUGGAAAAAUUCGCCUUUAUAAUGAUUCCCGGAAUAUUACUCUUUCUAAGUCUCGUCAUCACAUGUGACGCUGUCAUAACCAAUAAGGUAACACCUGCUUCAGAUGAGAACCAAUCAACGGUCGAGUUUUACCUGGUCAUUGAGCAUAAGUUUACCAUGACUAAAAAGGUCGGCGAAAGGACGCUCCCUGUUGUUGUUAUGCCUAAUGGAACCCUUUGGUACAGGACAGCAUCGUGUGACGAUCUAAUACAAAUAGAUGAAGAUGAUUCUAAUGACAUUAUAUAUGCCGAUGGACGUUAUAAGUUAGUCAAUGCAAUUAAUGGGUCCAUACCAGGUCCUCCAAUUGUCGUUUAUGAGGGACAACAGGUUGUGGUUCACGUGACGAAUAAGCUAACAAACGAGGGAACGACGAUACACUGGCAUGGUAUGACGCAAAGGAACUCACCGUGGAUGGACGGGGUAGGGUCAGUCUCACAAUGCCCCAUUAAUCCUCAUGAAACCUUCACAUACAGGUUCAUAGCUGAUGACCCAGGAACCCACUGGUACCAUGCCCAUGUUGGUACGCAGAGGACCGAGGGGAUCUACGGGGCACUAACAGUACUGGAAAGGAAAGCCGAUGAAAAUGAAAGAAGGGGCAGCGAUAAACUUCCUGUGUUUGGUAGCGAUCACCAUAUGAUGGUCCAGGACUGGUUGAAAGAGAGCUCCAUCUAUACGGCUUCCUUACUAAAAUUUGAUGAUGUCAGCUUUGCAACUGGUUUUGACAACCCACACUGCUUCGAUUCAUCCAAACAGGUAGAUGGGAUAGAUGCUGGUGUCUUGCCAUUUGAAGCAGGAAUAAUAAACGGGAAAGGUAACCAGCACAUCAUCCCACCUGGCAAAACUAUCAAGGAAGGUCUACCCAUGGAAACAUUUGUUGUGGAAAAUCCAGCACCUGAUGGAGUUGCAAUGCGAUUCCGCCUCGUGAAUGCAGCUAUGCAUUUCGCCUUCAGAGUGUCCAUUGAUCAUCAUCCUCUGAAUAUUAUUGCUACUGACGGUAACCAUGUGAAUACAAUGACAGUAGAGUCUGUCAUUAUAUAUGGGGGUGAAAGAUAUGAUUUCUGGAUCAAUGCAACUGAUCCACUUGGUACUGGAGUAUAUUGUAUACGAUUCGAAACUCUAGAGAGAGAAAGAACUGGCAAGAGAAUAAAACCAGGAAAGGUUCAUGGAUUACUGAGAUAUCAAAAUGUUAAACCAAACAGAAUCAAUGAAUUCAAAGUAUGCAAUGAGAGCAGAAACACGUGUACAGCUGAAAAACCAUGUCUAGUUUUGAACUGCCCAUAUAGGUUUUAUCCUGUAGAAGAACAUACGAUGUGUAUUCCUCUCACAGACCUUAGAUCUCCAUUGAUGGAACCCACAUACAGCUCAGACCCUGAUCAUUUCACUGAAAUGUUUUUAAAUUAUCAUUUCUCUGGCUUUAAUACCCUCCGCCAAUGGUUCCCUACAGUGAAUGGAAGGAGACACCAACCAUUCAUCCGACCACCCCAGGUGUACCCAAAAUCACUUGAUUCAAGGCACGGCAUUUGUAAACUAGGAAAAACUAAUCCUGAUGUAGAAGAGUGUACUCACAUGGUUGAGCUUCCUUUGGGAAACACUAUACAAUUAGUUAUAAUGACGACAAUAUCACCAGCAAUCAAUGGAGUUCUUAAUGGAAAUUCACAUCCAAUUCACAUACAUGGGCAUCGCUUCCAAGUGAUCAAAGUAGGCUGGCCGGAAUACAAUAAUACGACUGGGAGAUACAUGCAUCAAAAUAGUGACUUCGAAUGUCCAUCAGGCUUAUGUCACGAUGAUACAAAGUGGAGGGACCCAAGCUGGUAUAAUGGAAGCAUUCCUGGUAUCGUGAAUCGGGGAGCCCCUCUUAAGGAUACUGUUGUUGUACCUGCAGGGGGAUAUGUCGUUAUCCGAUUCAAAGCAGACAAUCCAGGUUUCUGGUAUUCUCAUUGUCACAUCGAGUUUCACAAUGGCGAAGGAAUGGGGAUUAUCUUUAAAGAAGGAGCCAUUUCAGACAUGAAUGCUGCCCCGCCUGGUAUGCAAAGAUGUGGAGAUUUUAGUGUCUCUGAAGAUGCAUUCAACGAGCUGAUGGCUAAGCCUAUUCAAACAGGACAAGCAGACACAACUAGGGGAGAUUUUGAAAAUGAAAAGCGUGAACAAACAGGGAUCAUGUUGAGAUUCGCAUGCCUCUUGGCCCUCGUUGCCAUAGCAAUUGCUGCCCCUCACCACGCACACAGCUCCCACGUCCAUCACGAUGAGCAUCAUGAUGAUCACCACCAUGAUGAUGAGAACCGUGACGGCGUCCCUGAUUCUCUUGACCUGAACCGUGAUGGCAAGAUUGACCACCACCAUCAUGAUCACCAUGUCAACAACGAUCACCACGCUCAUAGUCAUCACGGACAAUCUGCCCACCACGGAGACUCUGCCCACCAUGGACACUCUGCCCACCACGGAGACUCUGCCCAUCACGGACACUCUGCCCAUCACGGACACUCUGCCCACCACGGAGACUCUGCCCACCAUGGACACUCUGCCCAUCACGGACACUCUGCCCAUCACGGACACUCUGCCCACCAUGGACACUCUGCCCAUCACGGACACUCUGCCCAUCAUGGACACUCUGCCCAUCACGGACACUCUGCCCACCACGGACACUCUGCCCAUCAUGCACACUCUGCCCACCAUGGACACUCUGCCCAUCACGGACACUCUGCCCAUCACGAACACCACGCCGUUUCCCACCAUGACGAUCAUCAUGAUGAUCAACACCAUGAUGAUGAGAACCGUGAUGGCGUACCUGAUUCUCUUGACUUGAACCGUGAUGGCAAGAUUGACCACCACCAUCAUGAUCACCAUGACAGCCACGGACACGUUGCCCACCAUGGACACUCUGCCAAUCACGGACACUCUGCCCACAAGGGACAUUCUGCCCAUCAUGGACACUCCGCCCAUCACGGACACUCUGCCCAUCACGGACAUUCUGCCCAUCAGGGACAUUCUGCCCAUCAUGGACACUCCGCCAACCACAAUUCUCACGCUCAUGGACACUCUGCCCACGUCCACGAACACCACGGUCACCAUGACUACACUCCUUUCGGAAAUGGAUACCCUUAUCAAAAUGUUGGACCAAACGGAGCCGUCAUCAACUCCCCAUCUGGUUUGAUCAUCGGUGACAAUGGUGGUUACGUCGAUGCCCAGACAGGACAUGUUGUCGGACCCAGCGGUGAAGUUGCUGGCCAUGGACACAGACACUCUGCCCACCAUGGACACUCUGCUCACCAUGAUUCUCACGCCCAUGGACACUCUGCCCACCACGAUUCUCACGCCCAUGGACACUCUACCCACCACGGCCACAAUGACCACCACGGACACUCUGCCCAUCAUGGACACCACGCCCACCACAGCCACCAUGAUUACACUCCUUUCGGAAAUGGAUACCCCCACCACAACGUUGGACCAAAUGGUGCCGUCGUCAACUCUCCAUCCGAGCGGUCAUAUUGUUGGACCAAACGGCCAUGUUUCCCCCCAUUCUCACCAUCAUGGUCAUCAUUAUUAACAAACUUAUGAGGGACAAGUAGAAAUAUAUGGAACACCAGAUAGCUCAGGCCAUUCUAUAUCAUCUACAAAACUUCAUAUAUUUGCUGUAAAUAAGAUCUUUAUGGAAAUGUAAUACACAAAUAAAUUAUUUUAUAGAAUAAACUAUAAAUAA